AGUGCAUAACUCAGACUAUUGCUUUCUCUUAUACACUACGAUAAACACAUUAAGCUAAUAGAAAGUCAAGAUUGUGAUUCACUCGCAUGUUAUCAAUGACGUGAUUGCAUCAUGGAAAGAUUUAAAGUCUGCACUUGGGAUCAACUUUGCUGAACACGUCUUAUAAAAAAUCAUUACUUUUACAUUUACUGCUUGUUUGUUCCUCAGCUUCUACCUACUUCGUACAUUUUUGUAUUAUAUUUUGCUUCAUUGGAAGCUUUAACAAUUUAUGGACUGGUUGUAGCAUUAGCACUUUUAUUUGCGAAUUCUUUUGUUUAAUCUUAGCUUAGAAAUAUGAAAAGUAAAUACAAUUUCCAUAUGUUAUUGCCUUCGACUUGUCGUUUGUUUUUGCAAAUUCUGUCAAGAUUUCUUUACUUAUUCAUGAAUCAAACCAGAUGUGCUUCGGAUGUGCCCUCACCAGGAAUCAUUCUUGUAUUUUUGGUGAAUGAGGGGAAUUUGACAAUAGUGUGAUUCACCUGAUAAAUGAAGGACAAUGGUGAAAAGUCGGGUUUCAAUAGUCAAACCUACACUCAUACUGAAAAAGAAAGUGUGUCUCAAGGCCAUGAUAUGCUACUAUAAUUCUAAAAUGCCGUAUAAGCCUGAUUAUCCGAAUCUUUCUCUAUUGUCUCUCACAAUGUGCUUAUGUGACUUGUGAUGACAUUUGGGAAAGGUGUUCAGAACUAGUGCAUGGUUUUGUUUUUGUUGAGAAUUAGAGUAUCAGAUCAAGAUAUUGUUUAAGCCAAGGUAUCAACCUCUAGAUGUUCAGUAAAUAAAUAGUUACAGCAGACUUUCUGGUUUUUUUUUGGGUGUCGAGAUGCACUUCGGGACUCCUAGAAGCUCUGUGCUUUGCUUAGACAGAACUACAAGUUGUAAGUCUGGUUUCGGGGCCAAAAGUUAGUGAGCUCGUGUGUUACCAUGUUGACUUAACUAGUUCAGUUCUAGUUAAGGAACUUUUGGUGACUUCAUGGAUUUGGAAUAUAUUAUGUCACCUGUGGGCAUAGCUUUGUCUUUCUAGGGUGGAAUCUUGAAUACGAAUGGAGAUCAAGGAUAUGCUUAUUGUAGUCAGUCAUACCAGUUCUACUUUUGUUGUCCUUGAAGGCCAUGAUACAUUCAUAUUCUCCUUGGGGGAUUGAUUGCAAUCGUUUUGCUAAAUCAAAUGAAUGCAUCAGCUAGCUUCAUCAGAAAGGAUGAUUGAAGCUCUCUAAAGCGUGAACGACUUUAUUUUUGUUCUUCUGCAUGUCUCUGAACUGCAUGCCUGUUUUAUUGGCUUCAUUACGAGCUUCUGUCCUUUAUUUUGGUUUCAUGGUGAGCUAAUUCUUUAUUUCAGUUAUGGCUCUGUGUGUGUGUGUGUGUUUGUGUGUAAAGGCAACUGAAAACCCUUUGGAUUUGGUUCAUUAAGCUGCAUAUUGUUGAUGAGUUCAUAUUGUGAUGGGAGAACAUUACUCUUCAAAAGUGUGUAAUUAUCAAUUUAAAGUUGCUUAUCCAAUUGAAUGACUGCCUUAUAAGUAUGGUCUUGUGAAGCGUAUUUUGCUGUUUUCUACAUGCAUAAUUGUUGAUGAGUUCAUAUUGUGAUGGGAGAACAUUACUCUUCGAAGUGUGUGUAAUUAUCAAUUCAAAGUUGCUUAUCCAAUUGAAUGACUUACUUAUAAGUAUGGUCUUGUGAAAGCGUAUUUUGCUGUUUUCUACAUGCUUUGGCUAAUAGUCGGUAUCGAAUUGUUAUCUUUCGCUAGUGAAGUGUUUUUUGAGUUCUUUACCAUAGACAGCAGUAUUAUUCUGCUUCUUCGAGAAUGAAUCAUCAGAUUCUGUUAUCAUUAUGUGUUGGUCUAACGAGCAAAACCUAAUUUAUCAUUCAACUACUGAAUCCAUUUGACUGAACAGCUACGCCCAUUAGUUGAUUCAUGACCACAGUUAGAACUUCAGUUACGGUACAUGAAUUGCAUACUCAUUACUUUUGUGAAACUCAAGUAAAAUUGAGUGACUUUCAUUCUCAAAAUAAAAUUGAGCGACUUUCACGUUACAAAAAAUAGUUUAACGACUUCGAUACAAUAAAUUGAACGCUGAAUGAUCCCUACAUUUCAAGCUCUAAAUUGUGUUAUGCUCGAAGGUAGUAAUUCACUAUUAGUAUCCAUGAUAUAUACAUUAAUGACGACUUGACUAGACAUAGGUAGUUUCUCAUUUUUGAGUUGUAAAUAGCUAACAUUUGAAGGUUGUGUCAUAAGGCAUCCCAUUAAGGGCUCCACAUCUUCAAACCAACAGCUAUUUGUUGUCUAAUUAUGCUUAAGACUUCAUGUCUGAGGCUGCUGGUAAACUAGAGAGCAUUAAUAUAGUUGUUUCUGGGUUCAACUACAAGUUAUAGAAAGGCCAUAUAUGAAAUGAAAUUAGACUAAUUGUCACCUGCGGUCGUAAUGGAACCAUGUUUGGUGUGCUAUUGGAUAUUGGUUCAAGCUUAAACUAACAUUUGGUUUCUUUAGUCAUUUCGUAGAACAGAUUUGAGACAGAGGAAUCGAGAAUGAAGGAGGAGGUUUGCUCUUGUUUACGAACUCGAGUGGUAGAAUUCCUCAUUCAAUCGGCUCAAGACCUUCAAGUUUCUCCAAUCGUCAAAUACUCAGCACUAUCACUUUUCGCCGAUCGAUUCUACCCAUCUCUUUCCAAACAAGGAAAUGACAAUGCUAAAAGCUGGCUUUUACAGCCUUUAAGAGAAAGCAAUUUACAGCUCUUUGGACUUGCUGCAAUAUGGAUCUCAAACAAAAUCCACGAUUCACCUCGCCUCAGUGUAAAAUCCUUCAAGUCUUUAGCUGACGUCACCAUUAAAGACCAGCAUUUUACAACAAAGGAUUUUCUAGAAGCUGAGCUGGUGUUCAUGCAGGUAUUGAAAUUUGAGAUCGGCACAUCAAGCAUUGCCUUCAGAUUCUUUGAAGAUCUGCUUACCAAGUUGAGUGAAGUUGCUAGAGUUGGAGAGCAAUUAAGCCUUGAAGCUUGCAUGGAUAUUAUGGACUUGCUCUAUGAAAAGGGGGAGAUUUCAUUUUUAAAUUGUUCUUCACAUCAUCUAGCUGCGUCAAUAGUGGUUGCUGCAUAUGUAAUCACAGUUCCAGUGCAAAAGAGUGAGUUUCCUAUUGUUCUGUGGGUUAAGUUUGUUACUUCAUGCAAAGAGGAGGAUAUUUUGGACACUGUUAGAAAUAUUCUAAAGCAUGUGUUUGAAGCUUGAAUUUCAAUCAACUGUUGUUAUUGUAUUUCAUGUAACAAUUCAAUUGAAGUGAAGUUGGAUAUGUGAUCAAUCCAUAUUUUGAUA